CGAGAUUCUACGAUUCCUACUGUUGCAAACUGUUGCAAAGAUAAAAUUCCUGUUGGAAAUCCUCGCUGGAGGGCGAUUUGUCCUUAUUUUAACUACCCGAACCGAAGCACGCUACAAGAGUUAGUUGCUGUCAACAACUUUGUUCGUGCGUAGGUCUGUGGUACGACGUCAAACAUUGCACUGUGCACUCAUUCACAAAACAGCGCGUUGUCGUGAGCUCACACUUACGGGUUCCCACAGGUUCAUCAGGAUCAACCGACUACGACCGGUGACCGCAGAGCGUAGAUUCCACCUGAGAGUUGUUCACGAUGGUUAAGGGUAGGACUAGUGGUGGUGGUGAAGUGGAGAACGGCGGCGGUGGCGACAAGUCUCCAGAGGCAACGGCGAAUCCGGGGACUUCAUCCGGUGGAACCGGUUCGACGUCGGAUGGUGCCAACAUUUCGACGCGUGUUGGUUCCAGGACCAAGAAAGCAAAGGUCGUGUUCGAUCCAUCCGAUAAUUAUGUGCCGCGUAAGCGAGUCCGCAAAAGUGACCUGGCUGCGGAGAUUGCGGCCGUCAUUGGGGCGUCCCCGACGUCGUCCAAGACGGAGUCGGUGCCGUCAAAAUCGCCGACCAAGCUGGAAAAACCUGUGGAGAGCAGCAGCAGCAAUAGUAGCAACGGAUCAAACGCCGUAGUUAAGCCACGUUUGUCCCAGAGUCCGGUGGCACUACCCAAGCCCAAAGUGCUAGGAAACGGACCGUCGUCAUCGUCGUCGGUAAAUGGUGUCGGGCGUGUGGCCACGUCUACGCCUACGAGCCCCGUACGCAACUGCGACAUGUGCCACAAGGUAGAACAGCUGCGGAGAGGAUUCAAGCUGAUUGAUUGCUCAAAUUGUGCAUUUAGAGCUCAUUCUAAAUGCUUGCGUGCCCAUCCGAUGUACAGUAAGUUCCCGAUACAGCUUAACUUUCGUUGUUUCCAGUGCAUCGAUUGCGUCGUUUGUGGCAAGUCUUUACGAGGCGGCAAGCUACUGUUCUGCUGCGACUGCCAAAAUGCGUUCCACCAGAACUGCCACGGGCCACCAGAGUCGGGAGAGAGCGGCAGCAGUUCAAGCCGUUCCUGGGUGUGCAAGCAGUGCUUCCCGCGACCGGAGAAGAAGCGCUCACAGUCGCCCGACGACAAGCCAAAAGAGGCUCCCGCUAAGGAAGCUAUAACUGUUUCCGCCGUCUUCGCUACACCCGCCGAUGAAUUUGCCGGGUUUAGCGAUAACGAGAUUCGGAAGGAUUCUCUGUCCCUGUCGGACGGUGGCACCGCCAAUGAAAGUAACGACCUGGCAGUCAGAAUUAAGGAGGAAGUCGUGGACCCGGUAGAAAAUGGCGAGCAGAAGCAACUCGAACCACGUCUCAACAGCUUUGAAAACGUUCAAAACUGGACCUGCGAGGAAGUGUAUCGGUACUUUAUGCACCACUUUCCCGACUAUGCCCAUCUGUUUAAGGAACAGGAAAUUGACGGCCCUUCGCUGGUGCUGAUGCGCAAAUCCGACGUCCUGUCCUUUGGACUAAAGCUCGGACCGGCCAUUACGCUAUACCAACGGAUCGUCAUGAUGCAAAACAACGAUCCGGAUUUUCGUCUCACGUGGAUAUAAAGGAUUCAUUCGCUUAAAUUGUAAAAAAACAUCGUCUCAACGUUUAGUGAUUUAUUUAUACAUAUGUAAAAGAUUUCAGUUCAGUGCGGUCGGCGCUAGGAUUAGAGACAUUGUAAUUCUAGGGCAAAAUCGAGUUGAAAUAUUUUGAAUAAAGAGCUCCAGUUUAAAACUCAUGAUAGUCUC